GUAAUUAAUUCUUAAUUAAUUACCUCUCUAAUCUCUCUCGCGGCGGCAUCGUCUUCUUCCCGCGGCGCGACGCCAUCCCUUGCCCCGAUUCCACGGCUGCGGCUGCGAGAUCAGGGUCGGAUAGGUGUAGGGUAUAUACGUUGCUCCGGGCGGCGAUCGAUCGAUGGAGCAAGCGGCGGCGGAGGCGGAGGCGGAGAGGAUGAGGAGGGAGAAGAAGGACGGGGUGGUGAAGGAGGUGAUACGGCUGGAGAGGGAGUCCGUCAUCCCCAUCCUCAAGCCUAAGCUCAUCAUGAAGCUCGCCUACCUCGUCGAGCAAGAUAAGGAUCGUGGCGAGUUCUUGAAGCUAUGUAGGAGGGUGGAGUACACUAUCCGUGCUUGGUAUCUUCUGCAAUUUGAGGACCUAAUGCAAUUAUAUGCCCUAUUUGAUCCUGUUAAUGGCGUGAAGAGUUUGGAGCAGCAAAGCCUGACACCAGAUGAGAUUGAAACGCUUGAACUCAAUUUCUUAACUUAUAUGUUUCAGAUAAUGGAAAAGAGCAACUUCAAGUUGUUAUCUGAUGAAGAAUAUGAUGUAGCCCAGUCUGGUCAGUAUCUUCUGAACCUACCAAUCAAAGUUGAUGAAUCCAAGGUAGACAAGAAGUUGUUGACAAGGUACUUCAAAGCACAUCCACAUGAUAAUCUACCAGCAUCCGUUGAUAAGUACAUUAUAUUUCGGCGGGGCAUUGGAAUCGACCGGACAACUGAUUACUUCUUCAUGGAGAAAGUGGAUGUAAUAAUAUCACGGGUGUGGAGAUCAUUGCUAAGAGUUACAAAGAUUGACAGACUCUUCUCUAAGAAAAAGCAAUUGAGGGCCAAAAAGGACCCAAAGAAGACUGAUGAAGUUAAUGAAGAAGUAGAAGAACAAGAAUUUUCUGUUGAGCGCAUUCGCCUAGAAAAGAUGGAGCUGAGCAUAAAGAAUCUACUAAGUCAAAUGACAAUUCAAGAACCUACAUUUGAAAGGAUGAUUGUGGUAUAUAGGAAAUCAAGCACAGAAGCCAAGCCGGAUCGAGGAAUAUUUGUAAAGCAUUUCAAGAACAUUCCAAUGGCUGAUAUGGAAUUAGUUCUGCCAGAGAAGAAGAACCCUAGUUUGACUCCAAUGGAUUGGGUGAAAUUUCUUAUUUCUGCUGUGUUAGGUUUGGUUACUCUAAUAGGUUCUCUUGAGAUGCCAAAGGCUGAUAUAUGGGUUGUCAUAGCAAUCUUGUCUGGUUUAAUUGGAUACUGUGCUAAGAUCUACUUUACAUUUCAGGCCAAUAUGGUGUCUUACCAGAAUUUGAUUACAAAAUCGAUGUAUGAUAAACAGCUUGACAGUGGGAAAGGAACACUUCUGCAUUUGUGUGAUGAUGUGAUCCAGCAAGAAGUUAAAGAGGUCAUUGUUUCUUACUAUAUUUUGAUGGAGCAAGGAAAGGCAACUGUACAAGAUCUCGAUUUACGCUGCGAACAGCUCAUCAAGGAAGAAUUUGGUGUGGAGUGCAAUUUUGACGUUGUUGAUGCUGUGAAGAAGCUAGAAAAGCUUGGAAUUGUAUCUCGGGAUUCAAUCGGGAGAAUUGUAUGUGUUCCAUUGAAGCGUGCAAAUGACAUUAUAGGGCAAACUACUGAAGAAAUGGUGAUGCGAGCUCAACAAGCUUCAACCGGUUCAUAGAUUCUGCAUACUGUUGAAGUGAUCUUCGUUUCUUUAUAUGAAGAUGAAAUUAAUUGUGAUAUUCUCAAACGAUAGUUUUUUUUUCUCUGUGCAGUUCUGUGAUGUACGAUAAUGUCAAAAAUAAUUCCAUCUUAUUAUUUCGUUCUUUCAUUUAUUCUGUAAAUAAGAGCGAUAUAUUUCAUUUUUCAGUGUGGCAAAGAUGGUGUAUACACCACAAAAUGAACAUUGCAAUUUCAGUAUAACAAUUAUUCGUGCCU